ACUGGAACAGCCGAAGUAAAGCCAGAAUGAGACAGCUUGUCGUGAUCGGUGCCCUCCUCGGAGUAGCCUUCGCCAUGCCCCAGCGAGGCCUGGGCCCCGACAACACCUUCACCAAGAUUCUCUCAUUCGAGUCCUUCCAGGACGGCAACCAGUUCGGUCACCAACUCCUUCAGGAAGACGGCACAGCAUCCGGUCAGAAGUUCGGUCAGGACGGCCUCCUCUACGGCUUCUACUCCUACGUGCAGGACGACGGCAACCCCGUGAAAGUCCUGUGGAGAGCCGGUAAGGACGUCGGCUACGAGGUCCUCGGCGUCGAGGGCAUCAAUCAGGACGGCCUUGGCAACCUCAGAGCCCACACCCCGACCGGCCCCCAGACGCCCCCUGCCCCGCGACUCGCUGCCCCACGGCCCGCUGCCCCAAGACCUGCUGCCCCGAGGCCCGUUGCUCCUGCUCCCAGGUCCGUUGUCCCUGCCCCUCCCCCUCCUCCCCAACACACCUUCCGCCCCCAGCCCACCCACGCCGCCCCCGCCCACUUCGUCCCCACCGCCGCCCCCGCCCUGUUCCAGGAGCCCACCCCCGCCCCCCACCGCUUCGACUACCCCGCCACCCUCAACCUGGAGAGAACGGCGCACGGCUUCGUCUCCUCCUUGACGGCUCAGUAAUGCUGUUGGCAGCCCGUGUGUAAAUGUGUGUAUAUUCCAGUCUUUUUAUAAAGUAUUUGCAUUUCAUUCAGAAUGUUCCAAUAAAAAUAAUUUUGUA